AUGGCGGCUGAUGGAGAAACGAGGUGGACGACAACUAUCAUCAUUAGCACUUCACUGCAGAGUCAUGAAACCAUAAGGCUUCUCCGUGCUCAACAACACCGAAUUCGCCUGUCAGACAGUGUGGAGUGCGGAUCCUUCAUUUUUCCUCUGUCUGGUACAGCCUUCAAACUGGUGGAGCCUGAAAAUGUCAAAGAUGAGUCGGCGCUCGUGAAGCAAAUCCAAAAGUUUGCGCAGGUCCACCGCAAUAGUUUUGUGCUGCUGGACGCUCCUUUCAACGGGAAAAGACAACUGGACAUCCUUUCGCUCAUCCAGCAGAAAUUCUUUGGCAGUCACCUCCGCAUCUUCCCAGUGCAAAACAAUAGCGAAAUCCUCAAAGGAAUGCUGACUAUUGCAAAGGCCACGAGCAAGCCUCACGUGAACCGCAUCCGGCACAGGAUGACUCUUUCUAAAACUCACAUCAUAGAGAGGAGCCCCGUGUGGGACAUGCUUAAAAAGCUCACCUAAACACCAGGGCGAGCGUCAAAAAUUUCAAACGUUAUCGUUUAAACAAAUAACGUGGUCGGGUU